GACCAAUGAGUGUUUAGGACGUAUGUACAGAGAUUAUAAAUACGAAGGUGACCAACCGUUUAAGCCUUUACACAGACUGGGACUAUCGCUGUGCGCGAGAGCAGCUAAAUACGGACUCUCUGGAAGCUAUAACAAAUCGGUUCCAGCCAUGUACGCCUGCUCCAAGCUGGUCACUUCCUUUACGCUGCGUGGUGGCUCCAGAGUCCUCGCCCGGCCGGUCUCAGUCUCCCUCCUCAACAGACCUGAAGCCACGGUGGAGCAGCAGGCCCUGCUGCCGGCCAGCCAGUCUCCUGUUCUGACCCGCUGCUUCCAGACCAGCGCCGUCUCCCGGGACAUCGACACUGCCGCCAAAUUUAUUGGAGCUGGUGCUGCCACGGUCGGUGUUGCUGGGUCAGGAGCUGGAAUCGGAACCGUGUUCGGCAGCCUCAUCAUUGGCUAUGCCAGGAACCCCUCCCUGAAGCAGCAGCUCUUCUCCUACGCCAUCCUGGGCUUCGCUCUGUCUGAGGCCAUGGGUCUCUUCUGUCUGAUGGUGGCGUUCCUCAUCCUGUUUGCCAUGUAAACCUGGAAACACACCCACACCUCCCUCCUGCCUUGUCCCGUCUCCUCCCUCUAAACUCUGGAGAAAGCAGUGGUGUUUCCAGACGGGGAACUCUGAACAAGGUGGAGGGCCAUUCCAGUCUAAAGAUGAAUAUUAACGGAUAUAUUUACAUCAGAGGUUGACAGACCUCCACUUCUGUAUAUUUAUGUUCCUACACCUCUGUUUUCUCAAGUUUUAUGUAAAACCUCACUUUGUUUGACAUCUGUCCAGAAUAAAGCUUUGGGACGACUGAA